CCUCUUCGCCUCCACGCCCGGCUGCCGCCGCCGCCACUUCCGGGGUGGGGCCCGGAGGCCGGAAGUGUGUCGUGCUCGCAAGAUGGCGACUCCCUAUGUGACUGACGAGACCGGGAAGUACAUCGCCUCCACGCAGCGCCCCGACGGCACCUGGCGGAAGCAGCGGCGGGUGAAGGAGGGAUACGUGCCCCAGGAGGAGGUGCCGGUGUACGAGAAUAAGUAUGUGAAGUUUUUCAAAAGCAAACCCGAGCUGCCCCCGGGGCUGAGCCUGGAGGCCACCGCACAGCCCGGCAAGCAGCCCGGCAAGGCGGAGAGCGGCGAGACGGGACUGUCCAAGGCGGCGAAAAGGAACUUGAAACGCAAAGAGAAGAGGAAGCAGCAGCAGGAGAAGGGGGAGCGGGAGACAGACGAACUGAUCCAGGCGCUGGAGAAGGCCUCUCUGUCGGGGGGCGGCAGCGGGGACAAGGGCCCGCCGGGGGACAGUCGGGCGGCCGCGCCGCAGCCGGCCUGCGGCACCAGGGCCCCCGCCGAGGGGGAAGCCCCCGCCUCGGAGAAGAGCAAGAAGAUCAAGAACCUGAAGAAGAAGCUGCGGCAGGUGGAGGAGCUGCAGCAGCGGCUCGACUCGGGGGAGAUAAAGCAGCCGACGAAAGAGCAGCUGGAGAAGCUGGGGCGGAGGAAAGCCUUGGAGGAGGAACUGCGGGACCUGGAGCUGGACUUGUAAGGGGCGGGCGGGGGGGUUCGGGGGGCGCGGGGACUCGGGGAGGGGGGGGGGGGCGCGGGCAGCGUCCCCAGCGUGCAGGCUGCCGGGACGAAGCGCCCAGCCCUGGGGAUUCGGUGUGGGCGGGUGCCGUCGUGGGGGGUCUUUUUCAGAACAGUUGUUCCCAGCUAUCCGUGUUAGAAACCCGGCGACUCUCGAAUACCUUGCUCCUUUUUUUUUUUUUUUUCUUUUUUUUUUUAAUAUUAUUUGGGGCGGGGUUGUGCUGCGUCCAGGGUGGGGCAGCGACUUCUCCCCCCCCCCCUUCGAUCUUCCCUGGCCCCUUGUGUUCUGUGUUACAGCCUCUCUCUUCCUUUAUUUUUAAAAAUCAUGCAAUAAUAAAAUUGCAGUAGUGACCCGG